UCCAGGCCUGGGCUAGGAGCCAGGUGAGCGCGCCCCUGCGCUAAAAACUAAUCAUCGGGCUGCCCUGAGUCCACCAGGUUCACCACAGGCCAUGGACUCUCGCGCUGGGAACACGGCAGACCCUAGAGGGGGCAGAAGAGGAGGUGGCUUACAAGGGUCCAGGAGUCCCCGAGCUCGGCAGCUCCUGGAGCGGCUGGAUGCGCGCCCCCUGGCGGCACGAGCCGCCGCGGACUUGACAGCGCUAGUACGAAAAGCGGGCGCCACAUUGCGCCUGCGCCACACGGAGGGUGUUAGUGGUCUGGAUUCUGCAGAUAUAGAAGUCACAGACAGUCGCUUGCCUCAUGCUACUCUUGUGAAACAUCGACCCCAGCAUCAAAGGUCUGAGACUCUAGGUACAUGGACGGAGCCACUUCCAGUAACCCAGAAUAAGGCAAGCUAUGCUUUGAAAGUACCCCAAGCCACUGGCCGAUUUUCUGUGGAGCUGACCCGAGGUCCGGCAGGUUUUGGUCUCACUUUAAGUGGAGGCCGAAAUGUAUCUGGGGAUGCUCCAUUGACCGUGCAUGGACUGCUGAAGGAUGGGCCAGCACAGCGAUGUGGUCGUUUGCAGGCUGGUGACCUCGUGCUCUAUAUCAAUGGCCAGUCAACACAGGGCCUUACUCAUGCCCAGGUGGUGGAGAGGAUUCGAACUGGAGGCCCCCACCUUUGCCUGGUACUUCAAAGGCCUCAAGACAUGGAUGGCAGUAGGAUCAAGGAGGUUGGAGGACAUCGGAAGACAGAUCGCAGCCUAGAUCCUAGGGGAAGCAGGGUGGAGUCUCGCAGCACCAUUUCCCCAGUUCACCACCGGCCCAAGACCCGGACCAGUCCCAGACCUAGUCCAGAGGCAGUGGCUAUUGGCCACGUGGUUCGCGCAGUGGAGCACCCCACAGAAGACCUGGAAAACCGUAUCCCUGGUACCCCUGGGCCCUGGCUGGUGCCCAGCGAGGACCGGCUCUCGCGGGCUCUAGGGGUUCGGGGUGGGGGCGCGCAGCUUGCUCUGGAGAUGGCAGCCGGAAGGCGGAGGCAUUGAGCACCAAUAGACAGCUUUGUGCUCACUAGGUGAGGUCCCAUAAGGUUCUAGCAUGCAGGACCGCCAGGCUCUAAGCUUUUCCCUUAGAGCUUUAACCUGGUUUAGUACCUUCCCACUGCACAUUGCACAGUGGAGUGGUCCCCACCCCUUCAAGACGCCAGUGGUAUGGCCCUCCCAGAGCCCAGAGCGCUCGCACCCCACCACCCCCACGUCCGCGUGCGCGCAGCUUCUCCUAGUCCCUUCCCGACCGGGAGGUAAUAAAAUAGUUGGAUCCAGUUCUGACUUGCUAGGUGCUCUAGGCGGGGUGAGGUUUCCCAGUCCACCCUGGAAGGGAGGGGUGGCUUGAUCUGGUUUCGAUGAAGUCCCUUCGAAACCACCCGAAAGCUACGUGCAGCUUCCUUCAUGCCUCCAGAUGGGUCUUUAUUUCUGCUUGCUUCCCAGUUUGCUUUGCUAAUCCCUGCCCUUCAUUCAUUCAUUUCACUUUCCGAGUACGCACAUUACUGCUUGUGAUGUGGGGAAUGCAGAAGUAGGCCUGUUGUGGGAGUGUCCCAGUAAACUCAGGAUUCCCGCAUGGAAUUCUUCAGACCCUUAGCUGACAUCAAGAUAGCAAAUCUAGAAUUCUGGCGCCUUCCUCCACCCAGAGUCUGUGGUCUCCCACUUCCGGCUUGGAAAAACUAGCUUUAACUGUGGUGUAUAGACUGCUGUCCCAGGGGCGCGGGCUGGGGCCUUGGACCCCACUUGGAGACAGAGCGGGGAAGGUGUGAGUCAGCGCCUCCAGUAGGCCAGGCUAAAAAGGGCUGUUAGAAGAAGUCUUUGGGCCACGCCUCCUCUUUUCCUUAGACGGUGACAAACUGCACCAGGCGGUCCUAGCCUGGGACGAGACUAAAGUUUCCUCCGCCCUGGGAGUUGAAUCCUACUGUCAAAAGCUUAUAUGGACAGUAGACUCCAACCCAGGGAGCCACAAAGCAGGUCCUGGCCAAUGCUACAAAUGUCCAGUCACCUUGCUGCUAACCACAUCCUGCAUCCUCAAUCCCAUCCCCCAAAGAGGGAAGUUGUGGUCUAAACAGGCAACUUUCCCCCCCACCCCAUAAGGAGGAGGGGGGGAAGGGGAGAAAUGACAGGUCCUGAGUCUCAGGUGGCAGUGGGGGUGGGGUGGGGCAGACUGCAAUCCGAACAGGGACAGCUAGCAGCUGGGGUAUAAAAAAGUGAGCACUUGAAGUGUUAGUGUGUGGUGACAUGUGACUCAGAGUACAGUGGGAGUAUGGUUCCCCAGAAGUCAGGAAAGGGUUCUAGUACACAGUUCCUAAACAGCCACACCCAGGGGACUAAUAUAGUAACCUCAGCCACCAUUUACUUAGUUUAGCUUUACCCUGCUACUAGCUUUAAUGGGGGUUUUUAUUUCAUCUACUUACAUGCCUACUCAGCAUUAGGUCAUUUCCCAAAGGGGGAAAACGAGGCCCAGCGAUCGCAAAUAGACUGGAUGGUGGAGAGCUCAAAGCAGGAUUAGUUAAAGCUUGGUUUGGAAGCCUUUCCUCAUAAUCUUAACCGUAUUUGACAAGUCCCAGUUGAACCUCGACCAUAUACCUGCUCUAGAGUAGUUCUACAGUGACUCCAGGGAUAGUAAAAGUAGACCAGUGUCAGACAAGAAUGACAAGAAUCCAUAAAAGAUAACUUCCAAGAGAAUUGAUAGUUACAGAAAUAAUAAUAAUAAUGAUAAUAAUAAUAAAGGUUAUGGC